CCUGGUCCCACCUCUCAGUGGGACGGAGGAAAACCACCGGGAUCCUCCCCCCUCCUCACCCCCUCCACUUCCGGUUUCCCGAUCCCUGCGUGACUGGCUGACUGCGUCCCUGCUCCGAUCCACCCCAUCACCGCACCGCCGCGAGCACGGCGGGCGCUGGUGCGGCAGGCGAGAUCCGAGAGCACCCCACCCCGGGCUCCCGCAUGGCCGCCGCCGGCCGCAGGUAGAGGCGCAGGCGGGCGGGCAGAUCCAGAUCCGGCAGGUGAGGACGAGAUCGCCCCCACCCCCAUGGCGGGCGCGGUGUCGGCGCUGUUCCUGCUGGACAUCAAGGGCCGCGUUCUCGUCUGGCGCGAUUACCGCGGCGACGUCUCCGCACUCCAGGCCGAGCGCUUCUUCACCAAGCUCCUCGACAAGGAGGGCGACGCGGAGGCGCACUCGCCGGUGGUCCACGACGAUGCUGGCGUCACCUACAUGUUCAUCCAGCACAACAACGUCUUCGUUCUCACCGCCUCCCGCCAGAAUUGCAAUGCGGCCAGCAUACUCCUCUUCCUCCACCGCAUUGUCGAUGUGUUCAAGCACUACUUCGAGGAGUUGGAGGAGGAGUCGCUCAGGGAUAACUUUGUCGUCGUGUAUGAGUUGCUCGAUGAGAUGAUGGAUUUUGGGUACCCGCAAUACACGGAGGCGAAGAUCUUGAGCGAGUUCAUCAAGACAGAUGCAUACAGGAUGGAGGUCUCACAGAGGCCACCAAUGGCUGUUACAAACGCUGUGUCAUGGAGGAGUGAGGGGAUUCGGUACAAGAAGAAUGAGGUCUUCUUGGAUGUAGUGGAGAGUGUUAACAUUCUAGUUAACAGCAAUGGGCAGAUUGUGAGAUCAGAUGUCGUUGGAGCACUUAAGAUGCGAACAUAUUUGAGUGGAAUGCCUGAGUGCAAACUCGGGUUGAAUGAUAGGGUUCUUUUGGAGGCUCAAGGCCGAGCAACUAAAGGAAAAGCAAUAGAUCUUGAUGAUAUCAAAUUUCAUCAGUGUGUACGUUUGGCUAGAUUUGAGAAUGAUAGGACUAUAUCCUUCGUACCUCCUGAUGGAUCAUUUGAUCUAAUGACAUACAGGCUUAGCACUCAGGUGAAACCUCUUAUCUGGGUGGAAGCACAAAUUGAGAAACAUUCUAGAAGCCGUAUAGAACUCAUGGUGAAGGCAAGGAGUCAGUUCAAGGAAAGGAGCACAGCAACAAAUGUUGAAAUUGAAGUGCCUGUUCCUUUAGAUGCCACAAACCCAAAUAUAAGAACUUCAAUGGGUUCUGCUGCAUAUGCACCUGAGAGAGAUGCGAUGGUCUGGAAAGUAAAAUCAUUUCCUGGUGGCAAAGAAUACAUGUGCAGAGCAGAAUUUAGUCUUCCUAGUAUAACAGCGGAAGAAGCGGUCCCUGAAAAGAAGGCGCCAAUACGAGUGAAAUUUGAGAUACCAUAUUUCACUGUAUCGGGCAUUCAGGUUCGGUAUCUGAAGAUAAUUGAAAAGAGUGGUUACCAGGCACUUCCCUGGGUUAGAUACAUCACAAUGGCUGGCGAAUAUGAGCUGAGACUUAUAUGAGUUAUCUCUUUUCUGGCUGCUGGAAGGCAUUGAUGACGCUAUAAAACUCUGAAGAUGCAUAUUUGUGUGAUACGCAGCAAACAGUUGGCAUUGGGAUGGUAGCAUGGAAGUCUUCUCCCGAAAAGCUCUACCAUGCAAGGUUUCUUACCUUACCAUGUUUACUGUAAGUUACCCAUAAAGUACAGUUUUUGAAAAAGAGAGAAAACUUCCACUUUUCAGUUCACUUGUAUCAUUAUUGAUUUAUUUAUGUAGUCACCAAACUUGGUUUUGUUUCUUUUUUUGUACCACAAAAAAAACCUUAAGCUGAUUUGAGAUCAA